AUGGCGACGCCAUCUUUGGCUGAAAAGCUUGAUAAGAUCAAAUCGCCCGGUCUGCAGAGCCAGCAACGUACGGUUGUUGUGCUCAAGGCUGUCGAGUCGACUUUGAAGGAACAAAACACUGCGCCUACGCCGACCGGAUACUUUGCCGCACUUCUCGCUCUACUCCAGAAUGCCAACAGCAGCGGCACCGUCAACACGGAGCUGGCCAUGCCGGCCAUCUACCUACUCGACGUCGUCACACCAUACACCCCCGAGGCGCUGCUGCGCUCCAAGUUCACCACGAUUCUCACGCUGCUGGCGCCGGUGCUGCUAAUGGCCGACGACGCGGAGCCACUGCUUCUUCGCACGUCGAUUGGCUGUCUAGAAUCGCUGCUGCUCGCGCAGGACGCCGCCGCGUGGGAGCUGUCGGUUGCGCAGGUUGGCCCGCGCCGCGCCGUCGCCGGCCUGCUCAACCUCGCACGGACGCCUCGACCCAAGAUCCGCAAGCGUGCCCAAGAUGCCCUCAAGCGUGUCUUGCGCAACCCGCCUCCGAGCCCGGCCCUCGACCACCCGGCCGCCGACAUGUGCGCCCAGACGGCGCUCAAGAGCCUCGAGGAGCUCGCGGCGGCGGCGAUGAGCGCCCGCAAAGGCAAAAAGGUCGCCGCCGCCGCGGCGCACGAUCCCGAGCUCAUCCACGCCCUGCAGCUCGUCAAGACGGUGGCGGCGGCGAGCGGCGGCUGGCCGAGUACAAAGAUUGAGUCGCUCUGCGAACUGCUCCUCAACAUCGCCAAGGCUGGCAACGAAUACAUGACCAUGGCUGCGUUCGAGAUUUUCGAAAUGAUUUUUGAGGGCAUGAGCGAGGAAGUGUCAUCAGCCAAGCUUCCCCGUCUCAUGGAAAUCAUUUCUGAGCUGCGACCGGCCGCCAACGACACACAACUGGUCCCGCCCUGGCUGGCCAUUCUUUCCCGAGGAUACGAUGUCUCUGCGCAGCUCGAGCCCGAAGAGACCUUUCAAAAGUUGCCAGAACUCUUCAAAAUGGUUGCACAGUUUCUAGAAUCACAGUCCGAAAACAUUCGCAUCUCCGCCUCGGAGUGCCUCAUCUCGUUCAUGGCCAACUGCGUUCCUCAGCAAGUCAUCGUCGAUCCUUCAAUAUACGACGAAAAGACACUCGAAAAGAUUGCCAAGACGGCCGAGUCUCUUUUGACUGUCCAAUUCCAGGCCGCCUGGCUUCAGACCUUCAAUGUCCUAGCCGCCAUGUUCCUGUCGCUGCGCUGGCGCGCCAACCCGAUUCUACUCAGUGUCACCGAGACUAUCGGCGAGAUUCGCGAAAACGCAUCGUUUCGCAACAAGAAGGAGGCUGACGAUGUAAUUGGUCAGGCAGUUCGCGCCAUGGGUCCCGAGGCCGUCCUUUCCGUGCUGCCGCUGAACCUGGUCAAGCCCGUCAAGGGCCAGGCCGGCCGCGCCUGGAUGCUUCCCAUCCUCCGUGACUACACCAGCAACACGAACCUUGCCCACUUCAAGCGCGAGAUGGUGCCCCUCAGUGAGGUCAUGUUCCAGCGCGUCCUCGAGCACGGCGACGCGCCCAAAACCAUGGAGGUCAAGAUUUACGAGACGAUCGUGCAGCAGGUGUGGUCCAUCCUGCCCGGCUACUGCGACCUGCCGCUUGACCUGGCGGAGGCAUUUGACCAGUCCUUUGCGGAAAUGCUCGCCAACCUCCUCUACAAGCAGACGGAGCUGCGCCUCGACGUCUGUCGCGCGCUCAAGACGCUCAUCGAGUCGAAUCAGGCGCUGGCGGCGAUUGCUGCCGACGAGGACGAUUUCCUGCUGCAGGCCCGCGUCGGUAAGGAGGCGGCGGCAGCCAACCUCACCCACCUCGGGCAGUACGCCGCCAACAUGCUCGCGGUGCUAUUCAACGUGUACACGCAGACCCUGCCGCAGAGUCGGGGACCCAUCCUGCAGACCGUCAACGCCUUUCUCAGCAUAACACCCAAUCAGGAGCUCAUGGACACGUUUGACCGCGUGAGCAAGAUGCUCGCCGCGGAGCUGGAAGCCCUCGGCACGGCCGAGAAGGAAAAGAAUGGCGGCCAGAAGGGCAAGGACCACAUGCCUUCGACCGCGCAGACACUCAUGGACCUAGUCAUCACCAUGUCGGCGUACCUGCCACGCGAGAGCUUCGCGACGCUUUUUGAGAUUGCCUCGCUCAUCAUCAACCGUGAUGACGAGCCGCAGUUGCAGAAGAAGGCGUAUAAGCUGAUUCCGCGCCUCGGCACGUCGGAGCGCGGCAAGGCCGCUCUUCAGGAGCGCAACGCCGCCCUGCAACAGCUUGUCGUUGCCAGCACCGACAAGGUGUCCGCGCCCGCGCGCCGCGACCGCCUCGCCGCCAUUUCCGCGCUCCUGCCGCACGUCCCCGACACGUCGCUGCACUUUAUCCCUUCGGUCCUCAGCGAAGUCGUCAUUUGCUGCAAGGAAAACAAUGAGCGCGCGCGCGAGGCCGCGUACGAGCUGCUCGUGCAAAUGGGCGCGCGCAUGGCGGCCGCCGACAACGCGCCGAUCGACAAUAAGCAGAUCCCGCACAUGCCUGACGACGCGCCUGCGGGCACCGCCAAUCUGGAAGAGUUCUUCACCAUGGUGAGCGCGGGGCUGGCGGGCAGCACGCCGCACAUGAUCUCCGCGAGCAUAACCGCCAUUAGCCGGCUGCUGUACGAAUACCGCGGCGCGCUGUCAGAGCAGACGCUGUCGGACCUGGUCCAGACCAUGGACCUCUUCUUGACGUCUAACAAUCGCGAGAUUGUCAAGAGCUGCCUGGGCUUCGUCAAGAUUUGCGUCAUCAGCCUGCCCGUGGAGCUGAUGCUGCCGCGGCUCGCCACGCUCGUGCCCAACCUUUUGGUCUGGAGCCACGAGCACAAGGGCCACUUCAAGGCCAAAGUCAAGCACAUUCUCGAGCGCAUGGUCCGCCGUUUCGGCUACGAUGCCGUCCACCAAAACUGCCCCGAGGCUGACCGCAAGCUCAUCACCAACAUUCGCAAGUCCAAGGAACGCGCCAAGAAGAGAAAGGAUGCCGCGCGCGCGGGUGCCGGAGCCGACGGCGACAGCGACGACGAUGACGAGGAGGAAGGAAACGGCAAGCAGCAGUUUGACACGGAAUACGACCGCGCCAUCUACAGCAGCGAGUCGGAAGGCGACGACGACGGCGAUGAUGAUGACGAAGCGGCGGCGCCCCGGCCAAAGAAGAAGACGCAAAAGGGCGGCAAGACAUAUAUUCUCGAAGACGAUGACGAGCCGCUGGAUCUGCUCGACAAGAAGGCGCUCGCCAACAUUUCCUCCACCAAGCCCUCCAAGACGCGGCAGCCGCAGAAAAAGUCCAAAGCCAAGCUCGACCUCGACGGCAAGCUCAUCCUCGGCCAAGACGACAAUGACGACGAAAACGCCAUGGAGAUUGACCAGCCCGAAGCAGGUAGUGGCGGUGUCGGCGCAUAUGUCGCCGCCAUCAAGGGCAAAGACGCCGCGCGGCGUGGGCGCGGCGGCAAGCUCAAGUUUUCGAACCGCCGCUCCCGGGACGACAACGACGGCGACGAUGACGAGGAUGGUGGUGUGCAGCUGGAUGAGAAAUCUGCCGCGGUGGUCAAGAGCCGCAUCAGCCCUGGCAAAGGAAGUCGCGGUGGUGGUGGUGGUGCUAGAGGAGGGAGAGGCAGCAGAGGCGGCGGCGGCGGAGGUCGAGGCGCCCGAUCGGGACGCGGCGGCAUCGCCAAUGGCCGGAGAGGUCUGGGCGUGGAAAAGAAGCACGGGCCGACGGGCGCAAACGGCAUCGCCAAAGGUCGACGAGGCGGCCGGAGCUAA